UCUAAGCAUAUGCCGUAAUGCGUAUAUGAAUGAAAUAUAUUUAAAAUUAGGGGGAGUACUGCGUACAGUUUUUAACGUAAUGUUUGAAGUAUCGGUGUAAGAAAUAAAAAAUACUUUACUACAAUUUUGUUGACUUAAAAUGGGUGAAACAGAAGAAUCUGGGGAUCUUUUUACUCAAAUCAUGUCAGAUAUGAAGGCUAUGGGACCUUUUUGGGAUGAUCUGUUAUUAAAGUCAACUAAGUUUUAUAUUUCUAUCAAACAAACAGUCUUGUUAGCUGAUAAUUUUUUGGAUGCAUUUCAAAAAAUUGCAGAUAGUAUGACUAAUUCUAAAGGUGGUACACGUGAUAUUGGCAUUGCUUUUACUAAAAUUGUUAUGAGGCAUAAAUCCAUUGAAAAUAAGCUGAAGACAUAUGUGGGGAUUCUUGCUGAUAGUCUCGUUAGUCCAAUGCAAACCUGCAUUGAUGAAUGGAAGAAAAACUCUAGCCAACUUGAAAAAGAUCACACAAAAGAUUACAAGCGUUUAAAAAAUGAUUUAAAAAAGGCAUGCACUGAAACUGUGAAAUUAAAGAAAAAAGCAGCAAAGAAAAUUGGCAAACAAGAAUAUACAGAUCAGUACAGAGAUGCAAUGAGGGUUGCAAACCAGCUAUGCAGCUCUUUAGAAAAUCAAGAGAAAGAUUACCUCCGCAAAUUAAUGACAGAAGAACGUUCUCGAGCAACAUUUUUUUUCGAUUGUUACAAACCAUGCAUUGAACAAGAAUUAACUCUCAUUUCUGAAAUUGAGCAACUUCAAACAAUCUUAGAAGAUACAAACAAGUUAUGUGCUAAUCCAAAACAAUUGCCAAUUGUUUCUGAAGAUGCUAUAAAUGCAUACAAAGUUGCUGAAUAUCUGCAGCCUGGUAAAAGAGAUGAUGUUAUUAGUCCUUUGUCCAGCCCACUUAUAGUAAAAGAUCGUUCUCUAUCAGUUAGUUUCAAUCAUUCAAGGCACACUUUACCAAGAAGCAGUACAAUGUCUUUUAAUCAUGAUCCAAUCCCUGUAAGUGUUCCACAACCAAAUCGCAAUUUUUUAGAAAAGCAAUCCAUGCAUUUAUCCUAUUCUUCUAAUGAUUCAAUUGAAAAACCGAUUGCAAUGUAUGAUCCAGUCACUUUAAACGAGAUUCACGGAGCCGAAACUAACUACAAAAAUGACAGUAAUGAAGAUUCCUUGCGAGUUUCUCGAGGUAUACCAUCUCAAUAUAGCACAAAUAGUUGGUCUAGUAUUGAAACAUGUGAUAGUUCUGGAAUUGGUUCUUAUAACUCUUUAAGUUCACAAAAUAAACACGUAAAGAAGACUCACCGUAGUGGUAGUGAUUCAGACGUUAUUGAGAUAGAUUGUGAUGAUAGCGAGUUAUCUGGCUCUGCAUUGGCUCGUAAUGACUUAAGGUAUGCAACGAUUGAUCGCAGUCAUUUCAAACGAAAUAUGCUAGCAACUGCAAGCGUUCGUAGCCCUAGUAUUCCAACAAACAACAUACAUCGGUCAAACAGCUUUAACAGUGAAAUUAUUCCUGAAUUUCCUGAUUAUAAAAUGAACUUACCAAAGUCAAAACAUCAUACUGUUUGCAAUAAGGGUUAUCAAUAUGGUAUAAACAGGAAUAAUCCAAGUCUCAUACAAGCCUUUAAUGGUCAUAGUCCUGCAGAGUUAUUAAAACGUUUAAGCCCUGCUUCUACACCAAAUAGGUCGUUAGAAAUUCGAAGAAAUUCUUCACCAGUUCCAAGUUCUGUUCAUAAGCCAAUAAAUCAACCAAUACAAAAACAAAAGUCAGAAACUAGUUCUCAUACCACUCCUUCUCAGUCUACAAUAGACAAUGAACCAGAAGCAGCUAUACCCGGGUCUUUUUUAGCAGAACUCCAGAAGCGUCGCAUGUUAAUACGCAGGCAAUCUAAUCAGAGUUAAAACGUUUGUGAAGAAAUGUAUUUAAUAUUUGGUCAUCAAGCUUUUUUACGUCAUGCAAUCCUUUAAAAAAUUUUUUUUUUGAAAAUGAGAUGAAUAUUAGUACAUUUUUAAUUAUUAUAUUAUGUGAAUUUUUAGCCUUACUUGUUUUAAAUAUUUAAUUAGGGGAAUAUUUAUUAUGUAUAUUGUUUAAUGUGGAAUUAAUUAAUACAUCACAAAA